AUGCCACCCCCAAACCACCACACACCAUGGACCAGCCACGUGCCCCGAGGCAGCUCCAACCGUCACCAAAACAGCAGGAUCCGCGCCCCACGUGACACACACACCACCAUGGUAGCCCAAGGAGCCGCACCACAGCGACCCCAAGAGAACUGGGCCCCGCACAGAAUGGAGAACGGCCGCGCCCAUGAAGCAUUGCAAGCCAAAAGCGGCAAGGAGGGGCCGAGGAGCGAGCACCACACGACAGGACCCACGAGAGGAACGAUACCCCGCUGGAUACCAGGGCACGCACCCCCGCCAGCCCCACCUCCCACCAAGCUGCAGACUGGUCACCGCGCCACCCAUCCACUAACACGCCAAGGAGGACACCCCGGGGCCAAACAGACCCCCGAGAGCCUGGGGACGAAGACCAGCCAGACACCAAGCCAGACACCAAGCAGCGGGGGGCGCCCGCCAGCCCCGUCCCCAAACCGACAAUACCCCAAUAAGGCCAAAACCCCCCCAAAAAACAGCCACCCCACCCAAACCCCAAAAACAUUACCCCCUCCCCGCCAAACCCGGCCAGCGCUGCACCGAACACCACCAACCACAUCACAGCUGCCCCGGAAGGGAAAGAGCCAUCGGCACUUUGGGCACCCCACCUCGCAAAACCCAAGAGGAUUAGGCCCCACCCCCAAGCCGGCCUGCAGUAAUGCCCCAGCACAACCCCCAGAGCAACUGACGAAGCAGAUCUGCUGCUAUCCGCCAAGGGGAACAGCCAUGAGAGUGGGACAACAGAAGUUCCCCACACAUACCACCCUCCCAUCCUUGGUAGACAACUACAUAGAGGCAGCUGAGCAAAAGCGCAGGGGCUGGCCCCAUGCCCCGCACCAGAUGAUCCCACACGGCAGCCGAGCAGGAGGGCCCGGGCGGACCCCACCACCAGAGGCAGGGGAGACCGAGGGAGAACCAGUGCAACUGGCUUGUUUCUAA